CUCUCACAAGUCUUCUCACUUUACUAGUUUGGAAGGAGAAAUCGAUUGCCAUGCUCACUCACUCAUUCGUCCCAUUCUUAUUACAUUUUUUGUAUUGUUCCUGCUUAUCUAGGUUAUCACUGAACCUAAUUUCUAUGUGUUUAACCUAAGUUUCAUUGUUUAAUGUUUCUGUUUGAGCCAACAAAUUGAUACUUACAUUGUUUUUCGUUUAGCCGUUUUAGGUUGCCUAUUUGUUUUUCCUUUCAAAGAAGUUUUUUGUCGACGGAACAAACAAGAUGCUGAUAGGAGCUUUCCAUACAGCUGUAGCUGCAUUCUACAUUUUCGUUAGUCAUUGGAUGUUUGAGAAUGUUGUCAAAGGAGGCAACCAUCCUAACUUGCACCCGCAAGUCAAAAUUAUGCAGCAAUAUACAUUGCGAUACUUGACUAAUUGGACUUUUGUUCUACAAAAUGUAUUCUUCAUCACAAGUGCAAUAUUUGAUCUCACCAGUUUAUUUAUAAAAGCUGAAAGACUGAGAGAGCGGACUACAAAUUUCAAAUCGUAUAUUUUUACUGUGUUAGCAGCUCCUUCUGCUAUGAUUGUUUCGCUUGUAUUCUGGUCACUAUGGGCAGUUGAUAGGGAGCUGAUAUAUCCUUCACACAUGGACACGGUUCUACCUGUUUGGACUAACCAUUCUCUGCAUACAACCACUACUCUUUUUGCUAUCGCUGAGAUGUUCCUUUGCCAGCAUAAAUUUCCAAGUUUCAAACAAGGAUUGAAGGGCAUAACAAUCUACCUGACAUUAUACGGAAUUUGCCUUAAUGCAACAUACUUCGAAAGCGGAUUUUGGCUUUAUCCAAUUUUGAAGGACUUGACUUGGAAUUUGAGAAUAGUGAUGUACCUGACUGUAUAUGUUGUGUGCCUUGGACUAUUCCUACUGAACAAGUUCGCCUGCUCUUUAGUUUGGGGAAAUAAGCAGCAAACUGCAUCGAAGAAGCAAAAGAAGAAUAAAAAGAAAAACUGAUUGGAGUACUAAUUUGGCAUCACUCUAUAGGUCUACUGGUUUUUCAGUAGCCUACUACCUACACUAAGCAUUCCAGGAGCUGCUGUUAUUGUUAUUGUUGAAACAUUAUUGCUCAUCACUUCAAGAGAAUCUCUAAGGUAUAUUAUAUUUUUAGUAUUUUUAUUAAUAUAAUGUUGAUUGUUUUUAAAA